AUGGCAUCAAAUAUGCGAGCCCUUUUGUUCUCUUCAUUUUUAGGUCUUCUUGUUGUGGUGGGUGCUAACCAUUAUGACCGUAACACCAAGAAAAUGACUUAUUUUGACAAGAACAAAAUUUAUCACGUACACAGAUCAAAGACAUUGCAUGCACCUAAAAUUAAACCUAGUCAUGACACCAAGGGACCCAAAUAUGUCACAAAGCCACCCCACCACGACACCAAAGGACCCAACCAGCCAUCCAACUCCAAUGCUGGCCCUUGGAAGGAUGCUCAUGCCACCUUCUAUGAUGGACACGAUAUUUAUUCAGGGGGAGCUUGUGGUUAUGGUGACCUAAGACAACAAGGCUAUGGCAUGAAUACAGCGGCCUUGAGCACGGCUUUGUUCAACCAAGGAGCGGGCUGCGGUGCUUGUUUUGAGAUCAAAUGCGUCAAUGAUCCGGAAUGGUGCGUCGCCGGAGCACAGCCGCUCAUUGUUACAGCCACCAACUUCUGCCCACCAAAUUUCUAUCAGUCAGCUGACGCUGGAGGAUGGUGCAAUCCACCCCGCGAGCAUUUUGACUUGGCACAGCCUGCCUUCCUUCAAAUUGCCAACUAUAAGGCUGGCAUUAUCCCGGUUCAAUAUAGAAGGGUUCCGUGCAAAAAGCAAGGAGGAAUUAGAUUCACAGUAUCUGGAAAUCCUUAUUUCGACUUGGUGAUGGUAUGGAACGUUGGAGGGGACGGAGCCGUCACUGCUGUUGAAGUAAAGGGUGACAAGUCAAAUUGGUACCCAAUGAAGAGAAACUGGGGCCAGUUGUGGGAGACCCAUGAAAUGUUAUGUGGACAAUCUUUGAGCUUUAAGGUCACAACCAGUGAUGGCAAAUGUAUUACUAAUAUGGAUGUACUACCCAAGAACUGGCAAUAUGGUCUGACAUACGAAGGCCAUAACUUCGAUUGA